AAUCUGCCCCGGAUAACCAUCUCAUGAUCAUCACCGAUUUGGGACGGUAAAAAACUUCCGAGUUCGAUGGAUUUGCAACGCCUACCUUACUCUUUUCCUCGUCUGUCUGACGCCGCCUUGGAUCUUUUGCUGUAUUUAUGAAGAGAUUAUGAGGAACAUGUCGAUUAUAUCAUGAGUAGGCCCUAUAUAUAUCUGUGUUUUCUCUUAAUUUAGUCAGACUCAGAGGAUUCUUUGGAGAAAAAAAAGUUAUUGAUCCCACAUAUUUGCAUUUGUGUGUGUUUGAAAAUAAACUUGGGUUGUGUGUGCGGAACGAGGUUAUAAUACCAAACACUGAGUAAGUGAGUGACUCACCACACCAAGCUGUUGCCCCGGGGACCUCGACACGUCUUCAAGAGAGAGCCAUGGGUGUGACACAUGGUCUUAUCUUAUCGGUUUGUGCUGGUGUUUGUGCUGCCACUGCAUCAUUAUGUGCCAAAUUGGCAAUGUCUGGGGAGGAGGUUGCAGAAUUCUGUAGCUAUCUUCAUGAGAUUAUGCAGUCAGAUCUAGUACCACCAUGUUCUAUGAUUGCUUUUGCAAUGCGAAUAGGAGUGUUUUCUCUCAUUUUUAUCUUCAAUGGACUAAUGUGGACUUUGUUUACCAAGUCAAUGCAGCUGUGUCCAGCAUCAUUACAUGCCACCAUGACAAACAGCUCAUCAAACCUCAUAUUUAGUGGGUUGAUGGGUCAACUUCUCUUUGGUGAAACACUUUCACUGAAAUGGUGGUUUGGUGUCUCCCUAAUCAUUGUGGGGUUAUUUUUCGUCAACAGAGGGCAGCAGACCAGUAAUGACAGCACCCCUCAAGUCCAAUCCCAUCUACAAGAGGACAAAAAAGAUAGAUGACACACAGAAAGUAAAGAAUUGUAGAUAGAGUGAAGUCUGACCAAGUAGACCUUUCAAGAUGAAUAAGCGGAAUCAAUCUUUCAGACCAGAUCAUGCCAAAGAUGCAUUAUUCAUGUCAUCCAAGUGGAAUUUCACCUUGAUUGAAUUUAUGUGGUCCACAGUGAUAAGCAGAUAUUCUUGAACUUUGUUUCUCGGUUGAUUCUCCCGGAAGAAGCACCAUAUGAAAGAGAUUUUGUGCAUUGCUAUUAUAAGGCCAAAUGAAUGGACAAGUGGAUAAAUCCCUGCCCUUUGAAAUACGUGUACAAGGUCUGGAGUUCAAAAUCACUGUUCUUUUCACCAUUAUUUGGUGCAAAUGCCAUCAUAAUUCACACAGCACUGUGAGCAUCUUGUCAUGCAGACAACCAAAAAAUUACUUUUUUUCUUUCCAGUGCUCUUUUUGGAGAAACUUAAAAAUUUUCCAGGGCUACUUUUUCAUUUUCCAUGGCUCUUUUUACACUUUCCAGGGCUACAAUUUCUGGAGCUAUUUCGCGGCUUUUUUGCGUUUCAGCUAAGAGCAUGCAACACUACAGUAUAGUACAGUACGUAUAUAUAUAUACACGGUAGCUAGCAUAUACGGUGUAAUCAUACGCGUGUACUGUACAUGCGAUCGCGACGAAGCUUCGAAGCAGCGCGGCGCGAGCUAGCGAGAAGUACGUACCGGUACCAUCUCGAAUUCAUAGGCACAUGUACCACAUGCACUAUUCACGCCCGUAAACAGAGAUUCACAGGUAAGUUCUCUUAGCUGACACGAUCCUAUGAUGGACUCGCGUGCGCUGAAAUGAGCAAUGUUAUUGUGCCACUGUAUCUUGUAUUUGCUUGUGUGACUCUGCGGGCAGCUCCGUGGUGAUUUACGUACAUAUAUACGUGAUGUUCGCAACUGCAGUCGGGCAAUGAGUUUGGGAUUUUAUAGCACAAUUGGUGUGCGCGUAGGAAACAGCUCAAGAUUGUAAUAUAAGCGGUCACACGCAAAUGCAAACAAGUACACAUUUAAAUGCAAUAUAAUGUAUAAUGUAUAAUUUAAAUGCAAUCACGUACGUAUGCAUGAAAUGCUACAUAAAUAUACAGUGUUGACGGGGGCGAUUAUGAGUUUUGCAGUCGCCCUCGUGUGAAUGUUUUUAGCCCUUUUCCGGGGGUCUUUUUGGACUUUCCGGGGCGAAUUCGCCCGCCGCCCCCGUGUAAUUUUUUGGUUGCAUGCAGAGAACAGCUUGAAUACUGCCCAGGGAGUGGGGUUUGUGCAUACAUUCUGUGUGGCAAGUCUGAUUAGAACUGACUACUUGCAUUUGAUUCAUAUGUGAAUUGCCUUCCAUAUACAUUUAUAGUUUAUUAUUAAAGAUGCUAUGUAUUUUUCCCGAAAA